AAGAAACCCUUAAUCAACACCCCUUUCUUCCAACCUAAUCUCUACUCACACAAAGGUCACAAUGUCUGGAAUUGGUAGAUCAGUGAAAGGUCGCGGUGGUGGUGGUGGUGCGAGUCGCGGUAGUGGUCGUGGUGCCACUCGUGGUGGGAGUCAAGCUGGUGGCGUUUGUAGCUCUUCCGGAAGAAUUUACUUCGCCUCGAACCCUAGCACUUCUAAUUUAAGAGACUCGGUGUCUGCCCUGGAGAAUUCACCGCCGUCAGAGACUCUGCGUCAGUCCCCAGCCGUGUCUGCUUCUUCACCGACUCGUGAUGGUUCUUCUUCCCCGACGGAACAGCACCCGCAUCAAACUCAAAACCCACAUCCUCCUCCCCCUCAAAAUCUGAUGACUUUGGAUGACCUGCUUGGAAUUCCUGGACGUGAAAACCAUCUUCCAGUCUUAUCUCUAGUUCCAAAAGUGGGAAGUACUUGGUUUGAUCGUGAUGGUGGGAAGCUGACUUGAAAAAUCUCAAAGCUCUUGAAAGCUAAGUUUGAUGAUGCGUAUUACUGCUGGACAGUAACGCCUCCUGACAUCCAACGUCCCUAUUUUGAAGACUUUGCGCAAGGACACCACUGGGAUCGCUCAAUCACCACACUUGUACGAGAUGAGUUUGAAAUCAUCUGUCUUAAUCGGAUGAAAGGAAUGGUGUGUCAAGCAAAGAGGAAAGGCAUACGACCAGCUUGGAUUGGAGAUACAUUGUGGAAAAAAAUGUGCGCUUACUGGGCCACUGAUGCAGCAAAGAAAAAGAGUGAAACCGCAUCAAACUCUCGGAACUCUGACCGUGGUGGACUUGGGCCAUUCAAGCACUUCGCAGGACAAAUGUCCUUCUUACGGAUUCAGCAAAAUAUGGCACUUCUCUCCCAGGAUGUUCAGUCCAACAUUGCUCCAGCAAGUAGUGAACCUUACGGCAUAACAACAAUACGAGGGACAAGCAACUGGGUUGGACGGUUUCAUUUGACUGAAACUUGCAGCAAUGAACAUGGUUUCUCACACUCAAAUUACCAAAAGAAGAAGAAGCUUCUCUCUCAAAUAUACACUGCAGAGGACAGAAAUUGAUCGGGUCUUCUUUUGGAAAUCUGGAAUACAUGGAUGGGCCUUUCUGCCAGCAGAAUUAUCUAUGAAUGUGGGUUUUGUCUUUUUUUUAUAGAGAAGGAAUGAUGAGAGACGGUAUUUUGUUUCAGAUUCUUAAAUACAGACUGGAAUAGGUGAGACGUACCAUUUGCAGACCUGAGAGAAGGGGAAAAAAUGCUAUAUGAGUUGAGACUAUUUCCCAUUUAUCUCCACAAUUAUGUAUUUCUCUCUAUCUCUCUUUUAACCAAGGAAAGGAUUUGUGUUGCAGCUGUUCAAGAUCAGUGAGAAAGUAGUCGUUGAUGCUACAAAUAAAGGGAAUAUAGCUCGGCUUAUCAACCAUUAGUAAGCAGUUCUACGACAUGGUGUGAAUUUUCAAAGUUAGGAGUGAUUGCGUUAAGACCCUUUUAGGAGAUUUUGUUACACUGCAAUAACUCAUUGAGACGUUUUUACUUCUACUCCCUCACAAGGUAACACUCAGAAGGCAUCUUACUUUGUUCCAUGUAGUAUUUCUUUUCAUUAGAAUAUAUGCUUGGUUUCAUCACUCCUCCUUUAAGUGUAAGAUGCAGCGGUUUGUGACGUGAAAUAAUGGUGGUAAACACACACAUGCGUUGUGUGAAGAAUAUUUAAUAAACUUUAGUGAGACCGGUUUUAUGUAAGCUGGAAUUGGUCAAAACCAUGUAAACAAAUUAUAAUGUUCAUCUAACGUUGUGUGCCGAAUA